UCCGGGUUGAAAGCUGUGUCAAAAAAGCAGUGUAGGAUUUCAACUUUACGCUUGGAUCAGGGUUUAAUUUUUUUAUCUCUAUGGCUCGUUACGAAGAAGUAAAUGUUCACGGCUAUGAUGAGUUCUGUCAGGCUGUGUCUGAACGGAAGGGGAAGGAUGUUUUUGUUUAUUUUUCAGGUGAUAAAGACGCGCAGGGAAAGAGCUGGUGUCCAGAUUGUGUCAAAGCUGAGCCGGUGGUCAGAGGAGAACUGACUCACCUUCCCGAGGAUUCAGUUUUCAUUUAUUGUCAAGUUGGAGAAAGAGCUUAUUGGAAGGAUCCUAAUAAUGACUUUAAGAAGACCCUGAAGCUGACUGGAGUUCCCACUCUGCUGCGAUACGGCACACCUCAGAAGCUGGUGGAGGAGGAGUGUUUCAAAUCACAGCUGGUGAGGAUGAUGUUCACCGAGGACUGAAGGCUGCUCCACUGCUCACGUCACUCUUGAAGGCGCAAACAUUUCUGAUUACAGUUUUACAUCAUUCACUUUCAGAACUUGUAAUUACUGAAUAUUGAUAACCGAUGGAAGUUCAUGUGUGUGUGUAAGCUUAUGAACAAAUCAACAAGCCGCUUCAGUCAGUCUUAUUGUGGAAUAUGUUUAAGGACACAUUUAAUUUUCUGUUAUUUUUGUGCAAUCAGUUGAUUAUAAACUGUGUUUACACAAACUGUUGAUCAAAAAAACUGAAUGAAAACUUUAUACUGAGACAAUUUUUGCUUUGGUCCAGCUUAAUGUUAAUAAUUCAUUUUUUGUAAUUUGUUGUAUUAAAACUUUAAUUAAAUGGUUUCUUGAGUGGACAUGAA